CCUGGUUUCCGGCGGUGUUUAGCUGAACCUCUGUAGACGUCUUCAGAUCCGUUGGACUUUAAUGAAACACUUUAAACACAUGUAGCUGUGAUAGUUAGCUCUGAUAGCAGCUCUGGGUUAUAUCUACAGAUACAUAGGGGUUUUAUUUUAAUCAUUUACAAGUUUAUAAACCAUUAUCUCGCGUUUUAUUGUGUGUUUAACGUCGCUUUAGCAUCGCUGUAGCUAACGUUAGCUGCGAGAACCCGCUGAGGACGAAGGUUGACAAAAUGUCGAGACCACGGUCCGGAUCACCACGUUACAGGAGGUUCCCAUGGGAUGAACCCGACUUUGAUCCUCAUAAAGUCGUUGCAGAACUGGAGGGGAAUCCGUCGGACCGGAGCCACCGCCCUCGAGAAGAUCCGGAGGAGCACUGGGACUACUUCAGGGAAGACGUGCACCCUGAAGCCCAGAGAAGAUCCCCUCCUUUCCCAGAUGACCGUCAGUUUGGGCAUCAACGUCAUCCAAACCAGGAGGAGUUUCACCGCCGGAGGCCAUCGCCCCGUCGUGAUGUGAUGGGCUUUGAUGAUAACCGGAGGCUUUCCCCACUGCGUGAUGGAGAAGGAGGAGGAGGAGGAGUAGGAGAUAGACGCAGAGGAGGGUUUAGAGAUAUCUUCCAGCGUUUUGAAAACAGGGAGCGGGAGCGGUUGCUCCAGUCGCCUCCGAGGUUGACGAGGGAAAGAUUGCCGCCGACACCAAGGUCUCACUCAGACCACCAACAGAGUGAGCCGGGGAUCGGCUGGAGGAGAGAGGAGCAGGGCAGAGGUCGAGGGAUGUUCAGGGACCCCAGUCCCAAUGCGAGGUUGGAUGACCAAAGAGGGGCAGCAGGUAGGGAAAGAGGAAGAAGGAACAUGCAAGGUCCUAAUAGAGGCAGACGAAGAGAGUAUUCACAUCAAGAGAGGAACCCCCCCUUUAAAAGGCAAAGAAGAGAAACGGAUGACGACGCUCACCUUGGGUACAGGAAUGAGGAGGACUUUGGGGAACAGCGUUACUCGGUGGACACACCCAGAGAUAGGUUUGGAGGAGACGCUCAGGGGAGCCUCCCCCGUGGAGACAUUCGGCACUCGGGACCACUCGUCAUUGAACACGAUCACGGCAACGCAGAAAGCAGACAAUCGUCACGGUGGGAAAAAUUUGGCGAUCGCGAGAGAGAUCUUGACCCCGACUUUGAGCGACAGAGGAGUCCCCGUCCAACGGGCUCCUCUCAGGAGCGUUUCAGGACGUCGGACAGCAGGUUGGAUGAUCGGGAAGACGCAAGGGGACGCCAAUUUCAAGAUAACUGGAGAGACUCCAACUAUCACGAAACUAGGAGGAACCCUGCGCCACAAGAUAGACCAAACCCCGUGAGAUAUGGUAAUCGAAAUGGUCCCGUGAACCACAGGGGGAGGGGCGGUUCUCACCCAGCGAGAGGGCAGUUCAGUCGGGGACAAGGUGGAAGGACUGGACCGCCCAGGAAUCAACCACGCAUACAGCAGCCCUCCCAAGGGUACCAAGAUCUUCCUCAUGAAGAGCAAAGACCGGGGAACCGGCCCUUCAGGGAAGAUAGCUACGAGGACCCCAUCGAAGGGGAGUCUGACUGGGCAGAAGAAGACAGACUUCAACAGUUUGAACCCCGCAGGUCUAAUAGUCUGGACCGGCACCCACAGAGGAAUGACCUGAACCCUAAAAUGCCCCGUCAGAGGGAGCGAGGAUGGAGCAAUCAGAAGAACGACAACAUGACCGUUGUAUCGGAGGAAACGCUAACCAUCAAAGUCGACAUGAGCCGACCCGUAAACAAGAACAGCUCGCUGUGUUACUCCUCAGACAGGCAGCUCUCGUUAGACCUGGUCAACGUGGGCCGCCAGCGUCUGGACUUCCUGCCCAUGCUGGAGCACUCCGGGACGUACCGGGAGAGCGCCAUGCACACUGGGACGUUUGCCCAGGAGAUCAUCACACUGGUGCACCAGGUCAAAGAGCAGUAUUUCCGAGAUGACGGGGUCACCCUGAACGAGCGAUUCUCGGCGCCACAAAAAGGCGGCUACGUUGAAGACGAGACGGAGGAGCUGACGUUGGACGAGAGGUUCAGUUCAAACCGAGGCUUCAGCUUAAAUAUGAACUCUGAGCUGCUUGACGACGACGAGCCUCUGUUCUCCAGACUGGGACCUUUGCAGCCGGUUCGAGGCCCGGGGGACCUGAGGCACGACCUGGAGAGGAGGAGACAGGAGAGGCUGGAGGGGGUGAAAGUCACGAUAGCGGGGAACAGUAUGUCACAGCGCCCCCUGGGUCCAGUCAGCGAGUCGGGUUUAGAGUACAGCGACCAGGAGGAGAUGUCUCAGAUGGAGGACGAAGGAUUCUCCAACUGGCCGGAGGAGCAGAGCAGGAGACGAGAAGGCAACAUGGGACCAAGGAGAGGAGCUCCGUACGCCUCCCAACGCAGGAACACUCGCCCCGUCAACCGGCUCGGACCAAUUAGGCGACCAAACUACCGCAACAACCCUGCAGGUCCUAACUGGUGAUCGGGACACUGGGACGGUAUCCCCGUUUGGAUGCUGACUUUUAAACCAGCCAAUUAAAAGGAUUUUCGUCUUCGUCUUGGGCCGAAUUGAUUUCGAACCGUUGUACCAGACUGUGAAGAAGUCUCUGCUCAGACUGUCCUUCCUUCUUUGUUUGUUUGUGUCUUUCUGUUGUUGAUGUCUUUAUCCAAACGGACGCUGUUUGAAGGAUAAUUUGACGCAGCUGAAUCGUUGGAGAUCUCGCUGGAGCAGAAUUAAUAAAAAUACACAACGCUACGGGACUUUAAAAUGACCGUGAUUGUUCAUUCAUUCCUUUUUUCCCCUGCGGUCAGGUGAUCAACGCAUCCUCCUGCCUCGUUAUCAGAGAAGUCAUCGAUGAUCUUUAGCUGCUUCUUGAUGAUGUAGUUCUGUUAUUUUUCUUCUUCUAGUCCCCGUAACGUGACACCAGCUCUGACUGUCUGUGACGUGCGACAGUGUUGCUGAAUAAAUACGACAUUUGUCAUUUUGA